AUGGCGUUAUUUAUAUUCCUUCUUUUUUAUCUCCGCAUAGUAUUUAUACAUUUUGGGUCUGUUGCGCUGGCGCAACGUCCUCAGGAUGUGCUUUCCCCGCAACAACCUUUCGCAGAUGAGCAGGAAGUGCUCAGUAACUCAGGCAGACCGAUACAAGAAUGGCCAUUGACACCGCCCAACCCGACUCACGAAACUGGCGAUUCCAUCCGUAGCACGUUGAAGGAUCUUGUGGAUGCCCUGGGUGUGAUGCAAAAUGAAUAUUUUGAGCUAUGGCAGGGCAAAUGGCCGACUGCGAUCGACUGGACUGCAGCUGUCUUAGGGACACAUGUCGCCGCUACACUCUCGUCAUUGACGUCUACUGUGGGCGAUCAUCUGCUAUCGACACUAUCACCAGAUACCGAUGACGUCCAGAAUGAACGCGAAUCUGCUCUCGAGCGCUCACUGGCGUUUGAGAACUUCAUCAACCGCUUUUUCGACCAGACGUCUGCGUUCUACUUUGGUGAAGAUGCGAUUUCCGUCAGAGGACAAGCAUUCGAUGACAUGUUAUGGGUUGUGCUUGGAUGGCUGGAAAACGUCAAGUUUCAGGUUCUCCAUUCCGAUCUACACUAUGCUCGUUCAAAUACAACCUCGAAUCAACGCUGGCAUGGAACUCAAUUCCGAAUCCCAGCAGCUCAUCGAGCACGACUGUUUCACGGGCUCGCUUCUGGCGGAUGGGACUCUUCGCUCUGCGAGGGUGGGAUGAUUUGGAGUCCCUAUCUUACCCCAUACAAAAAUGCCAUCACGAACGAGCUGUACAUCUCGGCCAGCAUUGGCAUGUAUCUUUACCAUCCAGGAGACGUGAUCAAUUCCCCCUUUGCCACAGAUGCCCCAGGAAACGAAUUUGCAUCCGACCGAUACCCACAUAACCCUACUUAUCUUCGAGCAGCCAUCAAGGGAUACAAGUGGUUCAAUGCAUCGAACAUGGUCGGUGACGGGGGACUGUACGCUGAUGGGUUCCACAUUAGUGGUUGGCGAAGUGAAGAGGAGCCUGGCUCGCGCAACUGCGAUGUCCUCAACACCAUGGUAUACACUUACAACCAAGGUGUCAUCCUCAGUGGGCUUCGGGGUCUGUGGCUUGCAGCGGGCAACCAGGACUAUCUGCAGGAUGGACACGAACUGAUCCGUAAGGUCAUCCAUGCCACUGGAUGGCCCAAUAGAACCGACCAACAAUGGGCAGGUCUUGGCCGCCGCGGUGUGCUCGAGGAAGUGUGCGACUCUUCCGGCAGCUGUUCCCAGAACGCGCACACAUUCAAAGGCAUCUUCUUCCAUCAUCUCGCCGAGUUCUGCCGGCCCAUUUACCCACAGGAGGAGCGAUUCUUAGCCGCUGCAAAUCGGACAUCGAAAGCCGACGGGGACGAGGGCUGGGAGGACGUGUAUGAAAGGCACUUGGCUCAAUGCCGUGCUUAUCGUGAGUGGAUUGAGCAUAAUGCACACGCCGCGCUUGUUACUAGGAAUGAUGAUGGCAAGUUUGGCACAUGGUGGGGCAAGAAAUAUAGAGUCUUAGGCGAUGCGACCACCGGGGCAAGCCCCUUACCUCCCGGCGCAGUGGACUAUGAGAAUUACGGCGACCAAGGCGAGCGCUGCCCGAUGGAGUUGACAGGUGCGCUGCGCAGCCGUGCGUCCAGAAACGCUGAUAACUCAGCAAGAUCACACUCUCGCGAUCGACAACGAGUCGCUGAGGGCGCCUGGAUUUGGACGAAUAGACCAGUGUUAUCCAAAGUCAAAGCGGAUGACUACAAUGAUCGAGGACGUGGACGUACCGUCGAAACUCAGUCAGGCGGCGUCGCUGUGUUGAGGGCCCUGUAUCAAUGGAAGACGACCGCCUCACUGUCAUAG